AUGUCGGCCCCGGAGGGAGCUGCGAUGGCCCGGCGGGACACGGGGACAAGCUGGGGCGUGGGCAGUGCUCACUUUGCGGAGGCAAUAUUGCGGAGGAUAAAGACUCGAUGUGGCACCCGGUGCCGUGGUCUGGUUGACAUGGUGGUGUUCGAUCGCAGCACUAAAUGUAGCUACCUCGGCUGCGGCCAUUGGGGGACAAUUGUGUCAUGCCACACCCAAUGUCACCUGCAGCCUCACACGGUCGGGCCCGGCAGAGGACUACGACUCCCGGCAUGUCCGUCGGCAGCAGGACUACAACUCCCGCCGCGCCCCUCAGCGGCAGACUACAACUCCCGGCGUUCUCUGUGGCGGGGUGACCACGGCUCUCCGGUGUGGCGGGGGUCCCGAGCCCUCAGCGCGGAGCCCUCAGCCCUGGCGGAGCUGGUGCCGCCGAGCGCGGGCCGCAGCCCGCCCCGCCACCUGCCGCCGCGGGCCCUGCCCAGGAGGGUCUCGGCCGGCGGCCGGCGGAGCGGCACGGCCGGAUUCAGGGCACCGAUCCCAUCUCCAAAGUCCUUCCAGCCUAAUGGAGCCAGUGAAGAAGCCCUGCGGUGUGAAAUCGAAGAGCUGAAACGCAAAGACCUUGCUCUAGACCAGGAAAUUGCACAAUUAUUGUCCGAGGGCUACAGCCUGGAGGAACUAGACAAGCACAUCUCACUUCUCCAUGAGUACAAUGAAAUCAAAGAUGCUGGGCAGAUGCUCCUGGGCAAGCUAGCUGUUAUCCGAGGAGUCACUACAAAACAGCUCUAUCCUGAGUAUGACCUGGAGCUCAGUGACUAGUCCUGAACCUGGAGACUGCCAUGCCCUCCAAAAGUGACUGUCACUGGACCAUUACACAUUGGUGUCAUCCUGGUUUAGAAGAAACAGAAGAUGGAAAAGGAAUCUUGGAAAAGGGAUGUAGGCUUUUAGAUCAUUUCAUGUACUACUGAUCAACAGGAUUUUUAUUUUUGUUUUUGAAAGGUUGUAGUUCAGGUUGAUGUUGAGCCUCUUCCAUGGAGCCCUUGAUUCCCUGCAGUAUCCAGGGGCUGUUUGAUUACAAAUGGAUGGAGGAAGUGAGGACAUACAAAUGUGCAAUGUAAUAGCUGCUUUGAAAGGAAAACCCUCAGAAGGGAAGAAAGAAGGCAGAAAUUGUGGUUUGGGGGGUUUGGGGGUUUUAUUUUGUUUUAUUAACAAAUCCAGAGAAGUCUGGGUGUUUUGCAUUUUUGUACAUACCUGCUCUGGUAUCUGGAGGUUUUGUAUCAUUUCUGUAGUAAAUGGUAAAAUAUAAAGUUGUGUUAACUGUCCACUCUGAAUAAAGUAGUCUUCACAUGUCAGUAAUUUA